AUGACCUUGGAAGGCAACAUUAGCCUGACCGAAUUGCUCAAACGCCCAAUCCCAACAGCUCAACAUGGUGAUGGCGAGAACCGAAUUGCGUCAACAACCGAAGCUUUAAAACAAGCAGCCCACCGAUUCGUUGAUGUGCUCAAUGAGCGUGCCAUGCUUUUAGCCAACAGUGCCCAGUUUGAUAGAGCGCUACAUGAUGCAGCAGCAAUAAGAGCCAUGUUACCAGGAUCAGGGCUUGGAUACUUGUGUACAGGAGACGUGUAUUGUCAACAAGGGCAUCAUGCAGCAGCCAUUUCCAUAUACGAUCAAGGGCUUGAAGCAGCACCAGAAUCAGAUCCAUAUCACCAGCAACUCCAACAACAACGCGAGAAAGCCAUAGCCAACAACAACAAACGCGUCGACUUUAUCAGCAAGUUGCCAUUGGAUAUCGUUAUCACCAACAUUCUACCAAGGAUGAAGACGCUUUUAUUUUCACAUUCGUUAUACGAGCCUCUUUAUGUGUCACGUGCCUGGCAGAAGCGCAUCUUGCAGCAACCUCACGGCUUGGACUUUCAUUUUAACCAAGAGGAGGACAGCUUCAAAAGUGGUCAUGAUCAACUUGUCCGGUUUGCACCCUAUGUUCAGAGCUUACAAGGUGGUAUCAUGGGCGACGUUCGUUUGGAUGAUCUCUUUACACGAGCACGCUUUUCCAAUCUAAAAGAGCUGGUGUUACAGUGUGAUCCUGAAACUCCUCGCCUUCCAUUGAUCCAUGGCCUGCAACUGAUUGCUGAUUCACUGACACGCUUGACCCUCUUCGAGUGCCGUGAUAUUCAAUUACGUGAUAUCUUGGAGACAUGUCCGAAUCUCGAAUUUCUCAAAGCCACGGAUGUGGAUGCUUUCAUGCCUUUAUCGCCUUCAACAAUUUAUCCCAAGAUGAAGCACCUUGCACUUUACCAACAACCAACAAGAGCCCGCAAGCAUGAGAAUAUGGUCGAUGUCCUAAGACGAUUCCCUUCUUUGCGUGUGCUGGAAAUCUCGCCAAUGCCCGAUUCCAGUCUUUUGCCUAUCCUACACAAGAGUUGUCCCUAUCUACAGGUCCUUUUUUACGAGCUCGUGAGCCAGUAUUUUGGAACAACUGCAACAAAGAUUCAUCCAAAUCGAGAAGGGAUCACAUCAGCUUAUUUGGGCGGUGACGACUUUUAUCAUCAAGACGACCUCAUCGAGUUUUUGUGUGCGCAGAGAAAUUCAUUGGAGAUCCUUGAUUUUCGUGGCACGCAUGAGAUCGAGAAUGCCUUGUGGGAAUUGUCAACUGAUGGGCGAGUUCUACCUCAAAGGAGUACAAGUUUACAAGAGAACAACGAUCCUUCAUCCUCAGUGACAUUUACGCGACUGAUCGACCUUCGGUUUAUCGAUAUCAAUCCAUUGAGAAAUAUGCCUAUGAUCCUGUGGAUUGUAUUGAACGCUCCCAAUCUCAACGCCAUCCAUAUCUUCAAUUCGCAUUUUAAACCUGAUGUCGCAAAAGCGUUGAUCAAGUUGAAGCAGCUUCGAAAGGUAGAAAUCGAACACAACGACGUACGAGACAUGAACGACAAUAUCAUCCACGACAACUACGAAGGAAUCCAUCAGUUCUUUGAAUAUCAUGCUGCCUUGGGGGAUCAUUCGACACUCGAACAUGUGGCUGUGCUCAUGGACUCUUUGAAUGCGUCUAAGCAAACAUGGUUGCCCUUGUUACCACAAUUGCGAUGUCUCAAGAUCCUCGAAAUACGCGGUGAAGGUGCUUGUGGGGAUUGCGUUAUUGCCAAAAAUUGCAUACCCAUCAUUGAAAGGAUACGCCAAUACUGUCCGUCUCUCAAAAAGUUGGUCAUUAAUGGGGAGCGCAGAGUUUGA